AGUCGGAGUGACCUGCUGAAAGUCAGAUCUGUUCUUCAAAUCAGACUUUCAGCUUUAUUUCAAGCUUAAAUGUAAUCUGAUGUAGUCAAUAUUUAAAGUCAGGCUCUGUUAUUGACUGAAAACUCCGACAGACUCAGACAUUUAGAACAAACUAAGAGUCGGAUCAGCACAAAUACUGACACAGAGAUGGCUGCUGGCACUGCGCUGCUCUGCUGCACUUUGCUGUUUGUCCUUGUCUUCGUCUCUGCAGACCAGAAAAUCAUCACAGCUGUGUCUGGACAGGACGUCACUUUGACAUGUCAAGCUCCAAACAUCAACAUCACAGCUGUAGAGUGGAGGAGAGCUGACCUGGAAGAUGAAUAUGUGCUUUUGUACCAGGAUGAUCAGUUUGAUCCCGAUCAACAGCAUCCAUCUUUUAAGAACCGGGUGGAUCUGCAGGACAGACAGAUGAAGGAUGGAGACGUGUCUUUGAUUCUGAAACAUGUGACAAUUAAUGACUCUGGAAUAUACGAGUGUCGUGUCUUCAGAGAAGAAACAAAGUUAUGGAAGAAAAUCAGCAUCAUCAACCUGACUAUUGUUCCUCUAG